UAGUCCGGAUUUGAGCAUUGGCGAAACUGAAGGUGUCAGAAUAAAUACGGCUGCAGCGCUGCAUGAUGUCGAACUCACCUAAUGUCAUCACAACGUCAUUCAGCAGUUCUUAGCAACAAAUUGAACCGCCUUAAGCAACUCAAACCUAAAUAUUUGGUGGCCCAAAUAUAGGUGUCUCAAUGUUUGAUUAUAGGUUUGACAUUUCGGCCUCUCCGUAGUUUUGAAAUUUACAGUCAGCAACUACAGUAAACACUAUCCAUAGCGCGUCGAAAUUAAGCCAGCUAGCUAGCUCUAAUUCCUCUGUCAUUGUUAGGAGGUUGGGAAGUCUUACGAGGUUCAAGUUAGAGCAGCUAGCUAUAUCAUCUUUUGCUUAUUGGUGGAGGUGAGUAUAGGCUGACAAAGCUUUUGUUUUUUGACGCUGUUAACGUUAGCUAGCAACUAACUAAAGUUACGUUAGCAAACAGCGCCUGAUCACUAGCCUGGCUGCUACCUGUUCACCAAAAUGGCUUAGGAAUUUUCAUAGUCAGCAUCUUCAAUAUACCAGUUUAAUAGGAAGAAUUAGGUCACCUGAUAGCUAGCUUUGGCGUUAGCUGGUACCAUGCGAAAUACAUCUGUGAAUAAAUACUGACAACUUAAAAGUUCAAAUAUAUUACUAUCUCUUGCUGGCUAGUCCUACCAUCAAGGACGCAAUGUCUUUGCCACCAACUGCUGAGAAACUCGUGCUUAGCAGCACUUCAACAGUCCCUCUCCAUGAACGCUUCACCAUCAUGCUGAAGAGUCGACCUGACCAAGUGGUAGUGGAGGCCAACCUGCAGCAGAAGGAGGCCAGCUUCAGGAACAGAAAGCUAGUCCUGCAGAUGGAAGACAGACCAUCAGUACUGGUUGCCCUGCAGCAUAGGAGCUUGAAGCACCGUCUGGGAAAAGCCAAUGUGCUGGCCAGGCUAGGCCAGCCCUUGGGGGCCAGAUCGUGGAGGGGUGCUGGCAGACGGUUCUCCAUGAGGGAACUGCCAGACACAUCCAGAGAAGGGUACCAUUGGAGGAGGGUCAGAGAGGGUUCAUUUAAACCAGGCUUCAAUUUUAGAAGCGUGGGUCCGAGGCACGGCUGGAACAGUGUUGCCAGAAAGAAGCUGCGUUCUGCGCUGAGGAUGCAGGGUGGUCUGGUGACCAGCUCUGGAGCGCUGUUAACCCAAGGAGCCUGGUACCAAAGAGGAAGAGGAAGAAGGGGAGUUGGUCUCACUCUGGAUCAGACUGGCACAAGAGGGCACGGUGGUUUUGGCACUAGGCAAGGUUUUGGAGACUGGGGAGGUUUCAACACCAGGGGUGCGUUCAACACCAGGGGAGCGUUCAACACCAGGCGACAUUUUGGUGCUAGGGGAGAUUUUGGUACUAGGGGAGGUUUUGGUGCUAGGGGAGGUUUUGGUGCUAGGGGAGGUUUUGGUGCUAGGGGAGGUUUUGGUGCUAGGGGAAGCUCCGUCACGAGGGGAGGCUUCAGGGCCAGGGCAUCCUUUGGAGACAGGGGUCGUGGCACUUUUAGAGGACCCUUGUUCAUCACCAAAGAGCAGCUGGACAACGAGCUUGACGAGUACAUGUCCAUGUCCAAGAGCAAUCUGGAUGCACAGCUGGAUGAUUACAUGUCUAUGGCCGGUGCCGACUAUAUUGGAUAUUAAAUUAAAAUUCUGAAGAAAAAAUUCAA